CAUACAUUAUCUAUAUACAAGUUGGGUCCAGAAUCAGUGACAGGAUCUGGUCUGGACUUUGAUCUGGAGCAGCUUUUAAAAGCCACAUGGCUGAAAUCAGCUGCGCCUCAGGUUUUUACAACAUCACCGGGGACGACACGGGACCAGGUCUCCCUCUGUCUUCCUGUACUCUGGGUAACGGGGGGAGCUCACCGGCUAAUUUUUGGACAGAUGGAGUGGGAUUUAUCAGACAACAGUCUGGGAACAUCAAUGGAUGACACCCCCGACUUCUCUGAAUCUUCACAGUCCAAGUCUUCGACCACCAACAACAUCUCAGAGAAUGAAUUCUUGUGUCAUUGUUGCUAUGACAUCUUAGUGAACCCCACCACUUUGACCUGUGGCCAUAACUUCUGCCGUCACUGUCUGGCUCUGUGGUGGGAGUCCUCGCACAAGAAUGAAUGCCCAGAGUGCCGGGAGAAGUGGGAAGGCUUUCCUAAAAUCAACAUACUGCUGAGGGAUGCAACUGACAAGCUGUUCAGUGACGUCGUUCAGAGGCGGAGAGCAGAGAUCCAGGCAAACCCCAAAAUCUCCCGGAGCUUGCUGGCUUUCCAGAGAUACGGAGACAACUUGGGAAGGUCCAGGACAAACCAGCACAAAGGAGCGGGCUUCUUCUUCUCUGGUGUCUUAACUGCACUCACUUGCGUUGCUGUGAUGGUGAUGGUGUAUCACUGGAGCAGCGGUGUGGUGGAGCAGCAGGACCUGCUGAUCAGUAAACCAGUGUCUCACUGGACAACAGAGGAAGUUGUGUCCUGGUUGGAACAUCUGGGGCCCUGGGCCCAGCUCUACAGAGAACCCUUCCAACAGGAAAACGUCAAUGGAAGGCUACUGUUGAUGCUGGGGGACGAAGAGCUGCUAAAGCCUCCUUACAGUAUAGAGAAUCAGGCUCACCGACGGGCUGUUUUGGCUGAACUGGACAGAGUUAAAACCCUGGGGGUCAAACCUCCGCAGAACCUCUGGGAAUACAAAGCGGCUAACACUGGGAAAUCUCUGUUCUUGCUGUAUGCACUGAAGCGCUCACCUCGCCUCACACUCUUCUACUUGUAUUUAUUCGACUACUCUGAAACCUUCCUGCCCUUCCUGCACACCUGCUGUCCGUCCAUCACACACAUAGACGAGUCAGUGGAGAGCAGCUUCCUCAGCACACAGUUGGAACCCAGCUGGCGACAGUGGGGAGAGUUUCUUGUGAAGUACCUCCUGCUUCCAUACCAGUUGAUAGCAGAGUUUGCUUGGGACUGGUUGGCCGUCCACUAUUGGACAUCUCGCUUCAUUAUUGUCAACGCCAUGCUGCUGUCUGUGCUGGAAGGCUGCGCCCUGUGGAGACUCUGGACAAGAGACAGGAUCAGGACUCUGCCACGUAAGAUGUGGAACCACUUGUGGAAGAUGUUAUCUCAGGGGUUUGCCUUUGCCCUCCUGUGGCCUUUUGUCCCUCAGUUUGUGUGCAACUGCUUCUUCUAUUGGGCGCUCUACUUCAGUCCCAUUAUUAAUAUAGACCUGGUGGUGCAGCAGCUAAUGCACCCAGAAACACAGGCGCUGUAACAAACUGCAUGUAGUCAGUGCCCAAUUAAUGCCAUACAGUUCACAGCAAAUAAAGUAAAUAGCCAGAAAUCCAGUUGCUGAAGGGAAGUGUUUAUUUUCAGCAUUAAACUCACAUGAGACUGGCUUUUCUGCUGUUUGAAAGGGAAGUUUUCUCACUUCCUGUCUUGUCUCUCUGCUGGAUGGUUGCCAUGUGGAACAAGAGAGGCUUUGGGCUAUUGUAGGAGAAGCAAAACCAACAAGAUAAGAAACAGUGAAACAUCUGUGAUCUUAUUGAUUCAGAGGGAUUACUGCAGUGAUUUCUCUUAGCGUGCACGGUGCAUUCACAAACCACAUUGCCUAAAUGGUCCAGAGGGCAGUUAUGCAAAUGAUAAGUCAUGUUCAUUGGCGGCAGUGAGGACUGGAUUCAUGAGGAGUUUCCCGAUGGUUGAUAGCUUUGUAGCACUGAGAUGGAUGUAGUCUUAUAAAAGGUGAGCUUUUUUAUGCAUAUACAGACCUGGGUAUUGACAGGGGAACAAAACAAGUAUAAAUUUAUUUUCUAUCUUCAAAUGGUUCUUCAGUGCAACUGUUGCUUUAGAGGUAUCAGUUUGAAUGAAGCAGUAUUAUAAGUGUAUAUUAAUCUUUGUUCUGGAUAAAUUAUAGUUUGCUCUUCAGGUCUUCAUUGUGGCUCUGGAUGUGACUGUGAUCUCAGUGCUACAGAGCUGUCCAAAAACUUGUUCUACAAGGUUUGGUAACAUGAUUGUGAAAUGUGUCAAGUGACUUGUUGAGGCUCAUAGUUUCACAGCCUGUCAGGAACCUCAAGCUGAACCGUUGAUUCAAGGAAAAGAAAAAAUAGAAGUGGUGAACAUAUGUUCAGCAUUGAAGUUUGUUCCAGGAGUUCCAGGCAUUCCUUUCACAAGAUUUUGGCACUUAGAUUUGAAAUAAAAGUUAUGUUAAUCUUAAAACUUUUUGAGAUGCUGAUACAGAUCUUCUCAAAUUUAUUUGAUUUUAAGCAGAAAGUGCUUGUAGCAGAUUUUAUUUGCUUGUACUGCUGACAAAGAUUGUGUUGCACAUUUUUUUUAUUGUUCAAAAAAUGUUGUUCAAAGUAUCUUUCAUGUGGUGGGCGGGUAGAGCUAAUCAAAGACAUGUUAUUUUUUACAUUGUUUUAUUUGCACUUAAAAGUUCUACACUGUGAUUUUGUUCAUCAAUGUUCUCUAAUGACAAAGGAAAAAUAAAGAUUUUUAAAUAAUGUUA